AUGCAAAAGCGUUCAACGUCCGACGGAUUCAACGACAUCCCCGAGAAUGUCGCGGCCGUCGUGUUCUCGCACCUCGGGAAGAACCCACGACAUCGCAUCAGGCUCGCCGCGGUGAGCAAGGUGUGGAGGGAUGCUAAGAAGUCUGACUUGUCGUUGCCUGGCGCUCCGAGGGCGUUGUUCGAGCUCGGUGAAGACCUUAUCGGGAAGGAGACGAAGGUGUCGUUCCGGAAGGCGUUCUACUGGUACCGAAAGGCCGCGGAUCUUGGAGACGCUGACGCCAUGUGGAUGAUCGGAGUCUGCUACCGCAGUGGGUUAGGCGUGAAGAAAGACAAGACGAAGGCGUUCGAGUGGUGGGAAAAAGCGUCCUUAUGGUGUUUUCACCGCAAAGCGAUCUGCUCUCUCGCGAUGUGCUACCAGCGCGGCGACGGCGUGGAGAAAAAUAAAGCGAUGGCGUUCGAACUGUACCUCAGGGCGGCGGAGCAAGGUUCAGCAGAGGCCGCAUAG